ACUGACACAGCCAUUCAAGCCCAUUAUUAUUUCCUUUGAGCAAGAGAUAUAUAUAUUCUGAUAUAUCAUUUUUCACUACAAAUAGUCUGACUUCAAUCCCUGAAGACUCAUCUUUCAGCAUUCUCGCCCCUUGCGCUAAACUUCACACCCCCUUCUUGAUACAAUUCAUUCUUUCCAACCAUCAUCUUGAUAUUGAUCCGCACUAAACCUUAUAAUCACUUCGACUCAUCAUUAAUCCUAUCCUGUUAUCCCUACACGCUCAAAUUUGAAAUCAUGGUCUGGCAUUGCUUUUUCCCAAAAUCGUCAAAGUAUGAUACUGGUAGUAACCUCAAGUGGCCAAAGAAGAAACUGACUGGAUCAAAAUCAGCCAUGAAGAAGUUUGAAAACCUCAAGAGUUUGAUUGGAAGUCCAAAAGAUUUCAUGCACUAUCGAUCUAAGGGUCCAGAGCAACCCGGUAUGCAGCCUUACACUAAUUCCGGCUCUCCGAGGUUCUCGUGUAUAGUUGUUAACACUUCGAGGCCGCAGACUCCAAGUCGGGAGUCUGCGAGGUACACUGAAUCACCCAUUUCUUUCUCCGGAAGCGACCGACCGCAACCUUCUCCUGACAAGCUGGCCAGCAGUCAAACAGUCAUCAAAAUAAAGCGAAAAUCAGUCCCUGUAUACAGCCAACUCGAAAUUGAACAACUCGAGACUAAAAAAGCGGAGGCAACUAGAACCACUUUGGCUGAGGUCGCGGAGGUCGCAGAGGUCGCGGAGACGAACGAGAAAUCCGAGGUCCCCUUGGAUGCGAGGGGUAGACCUUUACAUUGUCUUGGAGGGGAAUACAUGACUCAGACAGCAAAACUCAAUUGGGAUGAGCAGAUGGCAGCAAUUGCGAAUGCACUCAAAGAAGGAUCCGACGAACCUGAUUUUCUCAAGAACCUUUGACAAAAGUUCAAUAUAGGAACGGUUUUACUAUCUCCCUCAAAUUCUUUCUCGGCUAUCCUCAGCAGUGUUCGAGAAGGUCAUUUCCACGACUCUUCUCUCCCAUAAUGUUAUCACUAAAUAAAUCUUCUUCUUGUAUAACGCUUUAUUUUUGACCACUGCGCUCGUUUACUUAAUCACACAUCUUUACCACAACAUUGUUAUUGCAUUUGAAAAUCAAGCAUCUGACUGUGUGUAGCCAGUUGUUAUCUUGUAAGAAUGAUGUUCACGACUCU